ACUUUGCAUUUUCCUUCUGCACUAAAUAGUGCAAAAGGAAGAUACAAGUUAUGAUUAUACAUUCGUAUGACGGCUGUACACUUAUGUAUAUAUUUAAAUAGUCUUCACACGUGAUCACUCACAUGUUCUUCCUUUUGCACUAUUUAGUGCAGAAGGAAAAUGCAAAGUUGGAGAAAUACAUAGUAUGAGGGUUGGAAGAUCGAAUCUAGGAGAAGAACAUCAAUAGUUUUCGAUAUAAGAAACUCUCCUAUAUAAAAAUAAAUACUUCUAAUCGAACCUAUAGCAGAAGCUUCUACAUGUGCCACAGGCAAUCAAUAAUGAAAACCAAAAACAGGAAACUUAACAAUAAAAGAAAAUACCAAAAACCUUAAUAAUAAAAUAUCCAAAUUUAUUCAACUUAUAAUAAAAAACGAAUUAUCAACUAUAAUUAAUAUAAAUAAACUAGGUCUAGAAAAUAAAAAAGAAUAAAAUAAUAUUAAAUACCCAGCUAUCAAUCGCUCUAAACUACACCCUAAUAAUAAAAUAGAAAACAUAAUUAGAGUACACAAAAGCUCAAUAUUAAAUAAAAACUAACAUAUUAUUUACUAUAAGUAUUCCAACUAAGCUAAUAACAAGAGCCAAUACCCUAAACCAAUUAUUUAUAUAAUCAUAAACAAUAAAAAGUAAUAACAAAAAAACAAGAAAUACUAAAAACCAAGAAACCAAGAAGAAGAAGGUUUAAAUUAAAUAAAGAAACUUGUAUCUUAAUUAGAUUUCCCACUAAUAUUAUAAGUGAAAAUGUUUAAUUUUGUAUGUUUGAUGAGUAAGAGUUAAAUUACAAUGAUUCAAACAUUUUAUACAUUUAGUUUAAACUUUGAUAUAGAAGCAACAGUGUUUCUUCUAUAUUUUAUACAUUUUUCAGCUAACUCUAGAAUUCUUGAGGAAAACUUUUAGUGUUACUUAGAUAACUAAAUUUCCAACGCUUCUCAUGGUUUUUCCUUAACUGUAGUAAUACCCUAAGAUUACAUGUUUCCAGCAGCCCUGCACUCUUUAAUAGAUGCAAAAUUUCCUAGCUAAUUCUGCCAAUACCAGACAGUUAUUUACUCCAUCCGCUGGUGCCAAUUUUAAUUGAAACACAUUUUUUACCAUCAAAGACCACCCGACAUAGACAGAAAAUGGGAGAUUUGUGUUCCCUCAUCUUCCAUCAUGAUAACAUUUUUACGCAUGGGGCGACGUUAAGAAGGAAUUAUUAAAGUAUAAACAAUUCCAAUUAUUUAACCCCUCCAACAUCAUUCAUACCCAUAAUGUUCAAGAGAUAUAACAAGCACACCAAGGGAUGAUAUCGACGGAGGUGCCAAUGGUGAUCAUAUUGAUUGUACAUGCAACUUUCGUCCAUACAAAGAUCCUAGACAAACAACAAGCUGGUCCUUACAAAAAGUUUGUAUCUCAACAAAAAAUACACUUGCAGCAAUUGGGGCGGCGAUUCGGAGAGCACUUGAACAAUAUGCAAUUAAUGACGUCAUUACAAUUUGGUUUAUUCAACUACAAAAAGAACUCCAUGUUUUACGAAAAACGAUAACAAUACCACCACCCUUAGCAACCGUAGCUCCACGAGUACCAUCAACCGGACAAACAAUAGCAUUCUAUGCUCCAGAAACCGAACCGAUAACUCCAACUUCGGAUAAUGAAUUUAAUGAACCAGUAACAGUGGCAGAAAGCGAAUUAUCAACGUUAUUACCAUUAAAUCAAAAUUUCGCAUGUGCGCUCAUUUCUUUACCUGACACAGCGAAAAUGGCGGUAGGGGACCGGAUUUCUGGUCCCACGCCUACAUCCUCAUUACCACAAACAGUCAAGCAGUAUGAUUAUGAAUACCUUACAACCAUUACCUCGAAGACCACAACAACAACGAACUCCGACAGCAUCUCGGGUCUCUGCGUACCACCGAAAAGUGAAAAACAAAGUCUCAUCUAUUAA